AUGUCGUAUCUUGAGGAACACCCACAGCGAGCUGUGUCCGACCCCAGGACCUUUCCAACUUCUGGCUGUAAAUUGAUCGACGCAUCCACCAAGAUCGAAGAAAAAACUUUACCAAGCUAUAUCUCAGAAUAUCAAGUGAUCUCUAAGAUCGGCGAAGGUGGGCAGACGGCCGUCUGGCUGGCUCGCGAUCUCGUACUGGACCGAGGAACGGAACAUGGGAUCGGUGUCUACAAUCGCAUACAAUCCAUAGAGACCGACCGCCCUGGCCAAACGGACAUCCGCAAACUCCUCGAUCAUUUCUGCCUUCACGGUCCCAACGGUCGUCACGCAUGUCUAGUCCAUGAACUCCUCGGGAUGAGUCUGCUCGAGCUAGAUGAAAUCGGACGCAGCCUUGGUGUCAAAGAUCCCGUUCCAAGACUCGAUCAAGCCAAGCCACUGAUCCGGAGAGGGGCCCAUCUGAUCCAUGCUGAUCUUCAGAUGGAAAACCUACUUCUGCCGGCGGCUUCUCCGGUCAGAAUGUCUAAGUACGAGGAAAAUGUGAUCAAAUGCCCGGGACUCCCCGUGCUGUGCGUUUUUGGAGAAACACGAUUCGGCGGCAAGCACAAUUGCGGGAGGGUCAUGCCGGACUUCAACCGUGCGCCUAAGGUUAUUCUGGGCUUUCCGAGCUGGGACUACAAAGUUGACAGCUGGGGGGCUGGGAUGUUGACUUGGGACUCUAUCAGCACUCGCACAUUGAUCACGAAUCACAAGAAGGACGGUCAUUGGGACGAUGGCGCCCACAUCGCGGAGUUGGUCGCUCUUCUCGGGCACCCCCCUCGCGAGUCCACCCGUCAGGGAACCUAUAGUCAUCUUUUCUGGGAUGCCAACGGGUACUGGACAGACCUGCCGCGGCCUAAUAUCGAUUGCGAGGACCUGAAGGGCUUCCUGCGGUGGCUGCGUCGAGCACUGCAGUGGAAUCCCAAAGUCCGUCCGACGAUCUUGGAUCUGUUCAUGGACCCAUGGCUGAUGAGUGCAGAGAGACGACCCGGCUUGAGAGGACUAUCCAGAUAUCGUCGGGGUGGUUGAGAUCAUCGACUGAUUCGGUGGUCGAAACCAAUUCCUUGGACUUUGGGGGAAGUCGAUUCAUCAAUCUUGCGCACUUCGUGCUUUGUGUUUCUGUUCUUAUUGCCGACUGUGCUUAUGCUUCUGAGGGAGAUCUGGAAUUUUCUACUUCGUCAAUUAUCUUAUGCAUCAGAAUGAAUAUCUAGUUCGAGAAUUUAGUCAAGGAAUUGGAU